GCUUUUUCUUCACUCAUCGUCGUCGUCCAUCGCUCGCUAGCUUACUUGAGUCUCGCCUCCAUCUCUACCUGUCUCGUCUCGGUUAGACCACGAAGAAUUAAGCGACGAUGAUGAGCCCUAGUAAGCUCGCCGUCCUCACUGUGUUCGCCUUCGCCCUGCUCGGCUCCGUGUCAUGCCAGGCCGGAACCUACUACUACACUCCUCCGGCUCCGGCCACCCCGCAACCACCGGCAUGUCCUCCUCCUGUCACUCCGGUGCCCCCGCCCGCGUCACCACCCACUUAUCCUCCACCGACCCCGACGAGCCCACCCGCGCCUACGCCCACACCCCCACCCCCACCCCCACCCAGCAGCCCUGGGACGCAACUCAUGGUCGGAUACUACAAGAACAAGUGUGGCGCUUACGUGGAUGUCGAAGCUAUUGUCAAGAAGCACGUCAGUGCCACUGAUGCUGGUAUGCAGGCCGGGCUUGUCCGUCUCUUCUUCCACGACUGCUUCGUCCGUGGAUGCGACGGCUCCGUCCUCCUCGACACGUUCAGCAACGACACCAGCCUGACCCCGGAGAAGUUCGGCGUGCCCAACUUCCCCAGCCUGCGGGGCUUCGAGGUGAUCGACGCGGCCAAAGCCGAGAUGGAGGCGGCGUGCCCGGGCACGGUCUCGUGCGCGGACAUCGUCGCCUUCGCCGCCCGCGACGCAUCCUACUUCCUCAGCGGCGGCGGCAUCAGCUUCGCCAUGCCGGCGGGGCGCUACGACGGGACCGUCUCCCUCGCCAGCGAGACCCUCCCCAACCUGCCCCCGCCGUUCGCCGGCUUCGACCAGCUCGUCAAGAUGUUCGACGACAAGGGGCUCGACGCCUUGGACAUGAUCACGCUCUCCGGCGCGCACAGCAUCGGCCGCUCCCACUGCUCCUCCUUCACCAGGGACCGCCUGCCGCCCAGCAACACCACCGACAUGGACCCAGCGUUCGCCGCCACGCUGCAGGCUAGCUGCGCGUCGGCCAACGGCACCGACAACACGGUGAUGCAGGACUUCGCCACCCCUGACGUCCUGGACAACCAGUACUACAAGAACGUGCUGGCCCACAAGGUUCUCUUCACGUCGGACGCCGCGCUCACCACCAACUUCACGUCCAACAACCUGGUGCGCGCCUACGCGGACUUCGUGCCCUAUCUGUGGCAGCAGAAGUUCGCGAAAGCCAUGGUGAAGAUGGGCGGCGUCGAGAUCAAAACCGCCGCCAAUGGAGAGAUCAGGAAGACAUGCCGCAAGAUCAACAGCAGGCCGUGAUCGAUCAGAUGGACCGCCGAGCUUGUCCCUCUACUUUAGAUCAAACUCUGACGACGCCUCACAUGAGUCGAGAAUAAAUAACCAUUUUUGCUUUCCGGACUUUCAAUUUCCUAACUUGGCUUCAUUCUCUAGCCGUAUGCCUGUUUUAUUUUAUGCUCUCUAUAUAAUUUUGAUUGCAAUAGAUAAUAUUUAGUAAAAGAUGAUCUGUUGGAUUUAUUUGUUGCCUUUCAUAAAGGAGAGCUUCCUCUAUAUAGUCUUAACUUUGGUACU